AGCCCCCCCCCCUUUCACCACCCCUAGUGUCCCUCUGUUAAAAAAAAAAAAAAAUCAUUUCCUCCCCUAAACCAGUCAGGCAAAUGUCUGUUAGCAGAAUGCGCAUGGGCAGGGCUGGACAGGUGUGUUGUGUCAAGAAAGACAGGUGCAAGUUUCCUAGGGUCUGUGUUUCUGUGUGGCUCCAGAGCACAGGGCUCCAGGGCUCAGGAGCUUCGUGAAUUUAUGGUUAACGGGGUUGCCAUGCAAAUGGCAGUCCCGCUGUUGUGUUCUGAGCCCCUGCCAUGAGGGUUUGGGGGGGGGGGUAUGUGUUUGUUUGUCUUAAGGAUGUUGGCAGGUGACUGCUGAGGUCGUAGCUCAGGCUUCUGUCUGCCAGCCUGCCAAAAGCACCCAGUCCAGGGCAGCAGGUGGAGGGAGUGAACUUUCUCUUUGCUUCUCUCCAGCUUAUGCCUCUCUGGCAGGUCAGUGCUUAGCAGAGAGAGAGAGAGAGAGAGAGAGAGAGAGAGAGAGAUUGUGUGUGUGUGUGUGUGUGUGUGUGUGUGUGUGUGUUGGACAGCAAUGGAUGAUUUGUAACCGCCCAAAAUACUGAAGUCUGUUCACAACUGUGACUGCUGUUACAGCUUGUCUUUGUAGUGAGCUCUCUCCCUGCCCAGAAAGAAUAGGUAUGCGCCUAAACUCCUUCAAGCCCUGGCUUAGAUCCUCUCCUAAAGUGAACUGUGCCUGCCAUUGUGGUAGACAUGGACCAGGUGUCCUAGAUAGGACUUUGAUGGAGAGGGAGAAGCUGAGCCUGUGAGCGGGAGCUGGGCUCUUGCUAUCUGAUGGAAGAUUCAUCUGGGCAGCCAGCUCUGUGAAGAGUUUCUUGCAAGAACUUCUGAGUGUUUUCAGAAGGAAACAGGCUGCUUACAGAGAGAGAGAAGAAAGUCUGCUGUGUGCAGGGGAGAUGUUGGGAGUUCCUUGGUCCCGGGAUUCUUGAGCUGUGCCCAGCUGACCAGCUUUUGAAGAUGGCACAAUAACUGUCCAGUGAUGCCUGACCAUGACAGCACAGCCCUCUUAAGCCGGCAAACCAAGAGGAGAAGGGUUGACAUUGGAGUAAAAAGGACGGUAGGGACAGCAUCUGCAUUCUUUGCUAAGGCAAGGGCAACGUUUUUCAGUGCCAUGAAUCCCCAAGGUUCAGAGCAGGAUGUGGAGUAUUCUGUGGUACAACACGCAGAUGGGGAAAAGUCGAACGUACUCCGAAAGCUGCUGAAGAGGGCGAACUCGUAUGAAGAUGCCAUGAUGCCUUUUCCAGGAGCAACUAUAAUUUCCCAGCUGUUGAAAAAUAACAUGAACAAAAACGGUGGCACCGAGCCCAGUUUCCAAGCCAGCGGUCUCUCUAGCACAGGCUCCGAAGUACAUCAGGAGGAUAUAUGCAGCAACUCUUCAAGAGAUAGUCCCCCCGGGUGCCUUUCCCCUUUUGGCAGGCCUACCAUGAGCCAGUUUGAUGUGGACCGCUUAUGUGAUGAGCACCUGAGAGCGAAGCGCGCCCGGGUUGAGAAUAUCAUUCGGGGGAUGAGCCAUUCCCCCAGUGUGGCAUUGAGGGGCAAUGAAAACGAAAGAGAGAUGGCCCCGCAGUCUGUGAGUCCCCGAGAAAGUUACCGAGAAAACAAACGCAAGCAGAAGCUGCCCCAGCAGCAGCAGCAGAGUUUCCAGCAGCUGGUUUCAGCCCGAAAAGAACAGAAGCGAGAGGAGCGCCGACAGCUGAAACAGCAGCUGGAGGACAUGCAGAAGCAGCUGCGCCAGCUGCAGGAGAAGUUCUACCAGGUCUACGACAGCACCGACUCGGAGAAUGAUGAAGAUGGCGACCUGUCUGAAGACAGCAUGCGCUCGGAGAUCCUGGAAGCGCGGGCCCAGGACUCGGUGGGGCGCUCAGACAACGAGCUGUGUGAGCUGGACCCAGGGCAGUUCAUCGACAGGGCUCGGGCCCUGAUCAGGGAGCAGGAGAUGGCUGAGAACAAGCCUAAGCGAGAAGGCAGCAACAAAGAAAGAGAGCACGGGCCAAACUCGCUGCAGCCAGAAGGCAAGCAUCUGGCAGAGACUUUAAAACAGGAGCUGAACACCGCCAUGUCCCAGGUCGUGGACACUGUGGUCAAAGUCUUCUCUGCCAAACCGUCUCGCCAGGUUCCUCAGGUCUUCCCGCCUCUCCAGAUCCCCCAGGCCAGAUUCGCAGUCAAUGGGGAAAACCACAAUUUCCACACGGCCAACCAGCGCCUGCAAUGCUUUGGUGAUGUCAUCAUUCCGAACCCCCUGGACACCUUUGGCAACGUGCAGAUGCCUACUUCCACAGACCAGACCGAAGCCCUUCCCCUGGUGGUCCGCAAAAACUCAUCCGAGCCAUCUGCCUCCGGCCCAGCCACCGGCGGCCACCACCAGGCCCUGCACCAGUCGCCCCUUUCGGCCACCACGGGCUUCGCCGCCCCCAGCUUCCGCCACCCCUUUCCCCUGCCCUUGAUGGCCUACCCAUUUCAGAGUCCGCUAGGUGCUCCCUCCGGCUCCUUCUCGGGGAAAGACCGAGCCUCUCCCGAGUCCUUAGACUUGACUAGGGACACAACGAGUCUGAGGACCAAGAUGUCCUCCCACCACCUCAGCCACCACCCCUGUUCACCAGCACACCCGCCCAGCACCGCAGAAGGACUCUCUUUGUCACUCAUAAAGUCCGAGUGUGGCGAUCUUCAAGAUAUGUCCGACAUCUCACCUUAUUCUGGAAGCGCAAUGCAGGAAGGGCUAUCACCCAAUCACUUGAAAAAGGCGAAGCUCAUGUUCUUUUACACCCGUUACCCCAGCUCCAACAUGCUCAAGACCUACUUCUCCGAUGUAAAGUUCAACAGGUGCAUCACGUCCCAGCUCAUCAAGUGGUUCAGCAACUUCCGAGAGUUCUACUACAUUCAGAUGGAGAAGUACGCACGGCAAGCCAUCAACGAUGGGGUCACCAGCACGGAAGAGCUGUCCAUCACCAGAGACUGUGAGCUCUACCGGGCCCUCAACAUGCACUACAACAAAGCGAAUGAUUUUGAGCAGGUUCCAGAGAGAUUCCUGGAAGUUGCGCAGAUCACAUUACGGGAGUUUUUCAAUGCCAUCAUUGCAGGCAAAGACGUGGAUCCCUCGUGGAAGAAGGCCAUCUACAAGGUCAUCUGCAAGCUGGAUAGCGAAGUCCCCGAGAUUUUCAAAUCCCCGAACUGCCUACAGGACCUCCUUCACGAGUAGACUGCAACUCUUUUGAAUGUAUGAGUAGAAGAGGUCUCCCUGGAUGUCCACCUUCCCUGUGUCUAGAUUUUGAGUUCUUCUACAUGUGUGGGGGAGGCAUGUUAUGUCAUGAUGUCGGCUGGUGGUUCCUGCUCGUCUUCUCUGGGUUCCCUUUAUUUUCCCCCAUUACAAGGAGAUGGGUAUUUUCCUUCUUUGCCUUUAGUUUACUUUUGCCCAAGGCCCUUAAUAUUUGGAGACUUAAGGUAGGGUUGAUUUUCAGGAAGAGGGAAUGUCAGCCUGUGUAAAGUCUACAUGAGCCAAGGGUGCUCUGCUCACUUGAAAGCUUAGUGUAAAUGGCGGUCAGCAGAGCGGACCCGUGACUGCGGCACCCACAGACUAUGACUCGCAUACCCUGUGCUGUGUCUCUGGUUUCUAGGGGUAAGAAGCUCCGAAAAGCCCAAGGAAAGCACUUCACACACUGGAAUACUGUGUUUGGUUCGAGCCCGAGAGAUAAGUGACUUUUUCUUAAACCAGUGCCGGCGGCAGCUGGCCAGCUUGCACUGCACAAGCGUCCUCAGAGGACAGGUUUUUAGGAAGAUUGCCUCCAAGCCUUUCAUGAGAGAAAUGGCCAACACCCUCAGACUAGCUUCUGUACAACACCGACUCUCUGGAGGUGAGGCAGGGAGUCCAUGCAGGUCAGCCUGCCAUCUCUGCGUUCUUAGAACAGGCCCUUGGUGAGACGUGAGCUCAGAGGUGUCGCCCCAGAGAGAACCCAGUGCUUUGUCGUCAGUUCCUAUUUAUUUUGCUUCAGAUAUUAAAAGGCAUGUACUUUUCAAAUGUAGCCUUUGCUCCACUUUUCUUUAUAUGCUUAGCAUUGCUGUUGCUGUUUGACCCUUUUUCUUCUCCUGAAACACUAAUUUCUGGAUACCUUUCUACAGUUAGGAAUUAAGAGAUCCACUGACCGUGAAACCCUUGCCUACUCUUAGGACACACUGACAGCUGCUAGCAGACCAGACCUUCACUUCCUGUGAGGACAGCGCCCAGCAAUGGCUCAUUGCUUCUGGGUAUGCCAGGGUGGCAUUCCCUCUCUUCUCUUUGGCUACAAAAUCUCAAAGAGGCUGCUGGUGUCUCUUCAGAAGCUCAUACUGACCAAAGUGUGAGAAGACUGUACAGGUUAGUUUGGGGCUACCCCAGAACACACGAUUUCAGCACACUGAGAAAGCUAGCUGCUAUUCACCCAUUCUCAAAUGGCUCUCCCCACAACCCCCAGUUUUUUGAUGAUCUACCAUGUCCUAUACUUGCAUUUAAAAUGCUGAAUAUCAUUCUCAAUUGUUUUCUUAGUUGGAUUUUUAUGUACCGGCACAGUCAACAGCAUCAUUCACCCUAAUAGGGUGCUCCAGGCCCCUACUUUCCCUUAGAUAAUUUGACAUACACACUGUAAAAAUGACACAGAAACAGAUCUGGCAUUUAAAGCAUAAAGAACAGAAAUGUAAUUUUUCCUCAAUUUUUUUUUUAAUUAAAAAAACCCAACAACAGCAGCGUUUGACUUUGGAGGACGCGGGGCAGCCCUGUGACUGUCUAGCUGGAUCACUGCAAUUCAACAGCAUUUAUAAAUUCUGCUGAUGGGCAGGGAUGUAUGAACACAGUUAUUGUCAGCACAAAGCUUUAAAACCUGCUGACUUUAAGCUGAAUAGUGCAGCCCUGAGAGGUCCCGGCAUCUUCCGGGAGACCAGAAGGCCCUGGUGAUAGAGUGUGGACUAGCAUGGUCAUUGCUGUUCAUUCCCUACGAUGGCAUCUCUCAGUGCUCACGCACCCAUGCACAUAUAAUUACAUACAUGCAUUUAGAAUUGUUAGAAUAUAUUUGUUAUUUUUCUGGCUACCUUUAAAACUACCAGGUAACCAAUCAUAGCACCAAAAUAAAAUACUCAGAAUCAAACAGCAAAGUCAGGAGCCCAAAGUAUUGUGCAGUAUGGAAGUCUUUGACCUGCUUUGCUUCGGACCCAGGGCACUGUGGCUCCUACAAGGGUCCAGCAGGGUCCUAGCUGUGCUGAGGCACAUGCCAGUCAGAACUCCCCAACGUUGGCCUUUGCAAGGCCAGAGGCGAAGCUGCAGUGUAGAUACCCGGGUAGACAGAUUGCUAGCUAUCUUCGCCGUCUGGGGCAAAUGAAUAUUGAUUCUAGGUUUAUUUGGAUUUUUAAAAUAUUGUUUUCCCUCUGCCUUUCUAAUUUCAAUAGAUAAAUGUAGCAAAAAAACAAAAAUUGUGUUUCCUACUGAAUGUCAGUGCCCUUAGCUCCUGGAAUCUCCUGUCAGUGUUCAGCAAGGCUGGAGAUGAUGCCACCCUGUCAGGGCGAGGGCAGACUGGGCUCUGUGCUGGAAGCAGGUCUCUGUGGCUUUGCACUGAGGUGUGGCCCCCUGAACGGCCACCUCACCGUGUGUCUCCCAGGACAACACUGAAGACGACAGCGCCGUCUCUCCACACUCCCGUCAAGCAGCUGUUUUUUUUUGACAGAACAGAAACAACCAGGAAAGUAAAUAAAAUAAAAUUACGAUCUUUCAAACCUUAGUUCAGCUCUCACCCAGUAAAGAAGCGCUUUGUGCACAGGGGAAGGUUUGCUUUUCACAGGGGGAGCGUGGGGACCGGCUCUAAAUUCACUCCUUUCUUGCUGACCCUCUAUUACUUUUGCGUGUACACUCAAGGUGAUAGUCUGUGCCUAGAUCUAAAAUGCACCAGCGCAGGAUUUUUAAAAUCCUUCAAAAUACCAGUUCUUUCCCCACAAGUUCAACUGUUCUUGUGCCUUCUGUGGCUUUCUGUUUCAUCUCUUUUUACUUUUAUUUCCAACUACAGCUGCAAUAAACACUAAUUUUUUUUUUCUGGCUGUUUGACAUGAUGUUGAUAGCUAUGCAUAUUUUGCGUCUUUUUAAAGCAAAGCAGGAGAAUAAUGUUUUUGAAGAAGAGAAAUUUUUAGAACAGUUUGAUACACUGCAAAUUAUUUUUUUCCUCAAUUGUUUGAGCAGCAUUCGAGUUUUGGAGAUUCUUGUAGAAGCCAAUUUUUUUGUAACUGUGGUGUAACUCUUGUGUUUUAAUUCGCCUAAUGAGAAGCACUAUAGAAGCAAUACUUCAUACCACGUGCAAUGUGUGUGCAGAGGUGUGGGUCUGAACACACAGACACACACAUGUAAAAAUAUACAUAUGUAUGUGUGUGAAGUGGAACGCUUACCCUUUCUUAUCUAGACUUAAGAAUUUCUUUUAGGCAUUUGUUACGUUUUGUGAAAAGAAUGUUCUAUUUGCAACAACACUUCUUACUGUCUCUCUGGCUGUUCAAUGGAGAUGUUUUGCAUUAAAUGGUAAAAAAAAAUAUGUGGACGAUGUUAGGAUCUAGUAAUUAUUUCAGUAAAUGUUCACCCCCAUAUUCCUGAAGUUUGCUUUGUGCCUCUGAGUAUUACUUAACUGAAGUGUUUCAUGUUUGAAGAAUCCUUGUUACCGUGCUAGGAAUAUGGGUAAAUAUCAUUUUUAAAAAAUUUUAAACCAUCAAAACAAAAACACUAAAGCAAAGGGGAACUUUUAUAAGGAAAUGUAAAUAUUUAGCCUCAUGGCUGUUGUUACAUUAAGACAUGAGAUCUUAAUAAGUAGCUACAGUCUCGCAGCAGCUGUUGACUUUAUUAGGGACACUACAGUGACUGUACAGGAAGUUGAAAGCAUUCUCAAGAGUCCUGCUCUCUACUUGCACAAGAUGACAGUCUCUCUCUCUAUCGGAUGUCCAGGGCGAGGGCGUGUCUGUAAAUCUAUGAUAUUUCUUUUCUGUGUACAAGAAGACAGUAAGUAAUCACCGACAUCCCCACACACAUGCAGGUUGAUAUUGCCUACUUAGCUAAGGAGUUUGGGGUGGGGGGAGUCAAGCAUAGACUGCUCCCCAAAAGCAACCUAAUCAAAGCAGGACUGGUUCACAGAUACUCCCCAGAGCAGCAGUGUGUGUCAGGACGUGGACAGUCUCUCUGCUGUGUGUAUUAUAGAGUAUUCAUUAGUGCGAGCCGCACGACUGUUUCCUCCUGGUGUAAACUCCGCGUCUGCGGAUCACAGCAUCGUCUUUAGAGGCUCCCCUUGAAAAACAUAACGGUUGGCAUGCGUCAGUCGCUCGCAGUGGUACAUGCAAGGAAGCUCAGCCUUGCCUCGGUAGACCCAUUGGUUUUCAACCAUCUAAAACCCUGAAGCGGAAAUGCUCAUCCUCAGAGCUGGGUUCCAAACUGGUGUUUAACCUCUGCAUCCUUCUGAGUGAUUCUCCUAAGACUCUGGAAGCGUGUGUGCUUUGCGUCUUCUCAACUGAGCCCUCUCCCCAGUCAGGCACCCUAAGGUGCACACAAGUGAAAGGCAGGCAAACGGCUGGCCUGCCUUUGUGAAAAUGGAGUCACUGGAUUACAAAAAAUAACCAAUUCUUCUGCAUAGGAAGGAAGAGAGCAUUUUAAAGUUGUAUAUUGCCACUUCAAAUUCAGACUUAGGGAAAAUGACGUAUGUGGAGUUGGUCUCAGCUCUCUAGAAGAAUCAAAGGCCACAGCUUCCCCCAACAUUGUCCCAGCCAUUUCUCAUAUGUACAUAGUAUAAACCGUGACAAACACUGCCUUUAUAUUAUUUAGCAAUAUGUUGUAAAUAGCAUUAUGAAGCUCUUUUUUGUAAUAAAGACCCUUUGAUUUGAAUAUAGUACAAAUAACUGAACUGAUAAAGUCAAUUUUUGAUUUUUUUUUAGCUAGAAGCAAUUUCAAUUGUGCAUUUUUGUUAUUGUCUAUUGUUCUGAAGACUGCAUAAUUUAUUGGUUUAAUUUAUCCUAAUUUAUUUGAUGAAGGUGUACAAUUUUGUAUUACCAAGGAUGUACUGUAAUAUUAAUUGAUAGGAUAAAAACAGUGAGACUCCCUGUCCAUAUUCAAAAGAAAACAAAAAGGUGCCGUAGAUAAUUGAUCUUAAAGGAAAAAGUAAAACAAUUUAGUCUGGCAGCUACUAAAUUUUAAAACAAGGAAAAAAUAAAGGACAAUGCUGCCGUGGGGCGGGAGGGUUUCCGGUGUGUGUUUGAAGCUUUUCUAUACUCUCCGAACUUUGACCGUUUGCUUUGUCCCACUAACGGGUGCAGUAGUUCGCUGCCUUGUGUGCCUUCCAUCUUCUCCUGAACUGAAUGUAUGUGCAGUAUAUAUGCAAGCUUGUGCAAAAUAAAAUAUACAUGACAAGCUCA